GAGCGAUGCGGUGGCUCUAUAUUAAACGAAAGGUGCCGUGCUACUUGUACCAUAACCAUUUACCCUGCUAUUUUGAACUUAACAAAUCCCGGCCAAGGUUAUAAACCCAAGAGAUUUAUAUUGCACCCGGGUUUUGAGAAAAAUCAAACCAAUUCAGACGAUAUCGGACUCAUUGAACUGAACACUGCGCUGGACUUCACGGCCCCGAAGGGCUCACACUAUCGGCGGGUAAACAGCGUUUGUCUCCCGAAAGCAGACAUCUAUAACACCGACAAUGAGUACGGUUUGGUCGCCGGUUUUGGUACAAUGAAUAUUACGAAACAUUUAGCCGAUUGGCUGCAAAUGGGAUGGAUUAAGAUUUGGAAAAAACUGAAUAAACAUUUUGAUGAUUAUGGUAAAAUGAUUAUUGCACGACAAGUUGCUAAUAGCGCGUCGGUGUGU